AACAGCGUGCCACGUAGCGCAAUAACAAAAAACAAAUCUAUUUUCGAAGGGGGAAGAGGGGAUCCCAACUAAGCCCCAACCCCCAAAACGCCCACCACCCUGUCGCGUCGGUAGCGCUCCUCCGCGACAUUCAUUCAGUUACACAGAACAGCAGCGCACUUUUCUCAUUCGGUGUGUGAGUGUUGAUGAGGUUAGUUGUGAAAGGGGAACGAAUCGGUGCGUCUCCAAGAGAUACUACUACGGUAACCCCAAAAAGUGCAUCGUAAAAGGGGAGAAGUUCAAUCGAAGAGGAGUAUGUAAAAUCAUCACCCAACGGAAACGGAAGUGAAUCAAAGAAAGCGGCUGACAAAAUUUAUUAGCGGUUGCUGUGAAAGCGGUUGAGAACCGAAGGAGGAUUACGGAUUGAAUUGUGUUGCAUACCUUGGGGCGGAUCGCUGUAAUUGCUGCGAACAUGUUGCUCUCGAAGGGUGGACGUCGUGGCAAUAGCAAGAGUAGCAGCAGUAGCCGCAACUUGAGUGGAACGCGCCCGCAAGCCAAGGCCAACGGCAACUCCGCCAAAGAGUCGCAGUCGCAGUCGCUGUUGCUGCAAUGGCAACACUAAUCCCAGCGAACGGCGGCCAUCCAGGAGCGAGCGCACAGUCCUCAAAUGUUGAGGCUACAUAUGAAGAUAUGUUCAAGGAAAUCACACGCAAAUUGUACGGUGAGGAGACCGGCAACGGUUUGCAUACGCUCGGAACGCCGGUGGCUCAGGUGGCCACCAGCGGACCGACAGCGGUACCAGAGGGAGAGCAACGUUCCUUCACGAACCUGCAGCAGCUCGAUCGCUCGGCAGCGCCCAGCAUUGAAUACGAAUCUAGUGGAGCUGCCAACGGGGCAACAACCAGUAACAAUGUGGCCACCUCCCAGGCCAAUGUAAUCCAACAGCAACAGCAGCAGCAACAGCAACAAACAGAGUCGGGUAACUCUGUGGUAGUCACAGCCACCAGCGGAGUAGGAGGAGCCACUGUGGUGCCGGCACCCAGUGUGGCUGUGGGUGGCUUCAAGUCCGAGGACCACCUAAGCACGGCCUUUGGCCUAGCAGCCCUCAUGCAGAACGGAUUUGCAGCGGGCCAGGCGGGACUCCUGAAGGCCGGGGGCGACCAGCAGCAGCGCUGGGCCCAGGACGGGGGUGCAGGUGUGAUCGCCGCUGCGGCCGCAGACCAGCAGCCGCAGCUGGUGCAAUGGACGACGGGUGGCAAACUGCAGAGCUAUGCCCAUGUCAGUCAGCAGCAGCAGCAACAACUGCAGCAGCAGCAGCAACAACAACAGCCACAGCAGCAGCACCACCACCAGAGCACACCCAAGUCCAAAAAACAUCGCCAGGAGCAUGCGGCGGAAUUGAUCUACGCCAGCCCCUCGACAUCGGCCAAUGCGGUAGUACAGAAUUUAACCCAAUCCACACCCACCUCAGCGCCCAGCAACAGCAGCGGCGGCAGCAGCAGUUCCGGGGGCAGUCGCAAGAAGUCCUCGGCCCAGGCGCAGGCAGCCGCCGCCGCCAAUGGAGUGCACAUCCAGAAGCGUUAUGCCUGCACCCAUUGCCCGUAUUCCACAGAUCGACGGGAUCUGUACACACGGCACGAGAACAUCCACAAGGACGAGAAGCCCUUCCAGUGCUAUGCCUGCCUUAAGCAGUUCAACCGAGCCGAUCAUGUGAAGAAGCACUUCCUGCGCAUGCAUCGGGAGCUGCAGUACGACAUCAACAAGACACGUCGCCAUGUUUCCGCCGGCAGCAGCUCGGGCAGCGGCUCCUCCGGAAACUCUCAUCACUCGGGCGGACGUGGCAAUGUGACAAUUAAUGCCACGGGCGUUAAUAUCGAUAAUGCCUUCCUGGAGGCCCAACGGCAUCCCACCUCGACCAGCAUGAGCAUUGUGGAGACCAUCGAGGCGGUGGCCUCGGCCGGCGAGAUGCCGCUGGCCCAGCUUAAGCAGGAGAAGAUGGACGAUGGCAGUGUGCUGCCGCUCCAUGUGGGCGUCGUGAUGAACAAUGCCCAGCAGCCGGUGGCCAGCUCCAGUUCGGGCAGCAGCUCCGGUGGCGGCGGCAACGGUGGUGGCAACAGCAGCGGCUCGGGUCUGCUUAAGCCCAAGCGCGAGAAGCGAUUCACCUGCUGCUACUGUCCGUGGUCGGGGGCCGACAAGUGGGGCCUGAAGCGUCAUCUUAAUACGCAUACAAAGCCCUUUGUCUGCCUGCUCUGCGAUUACAAGGCAGCGCGCUCCGAGCGCCUCGCCACCCACGUGCUGAAGGUGCACAACAAGCGGGCCUGCAGCAAGUGCUCCUAUCUGGCGGACACCCAGGAGGAGUAUCAGGUCCACAUGAGUGAUGUGCAUCCGCACGAUAAUCGACCAUCUCGCAGCGGCAAUUCGACAAACAACAAUGGCAACAGCAACAACAAUGGCAGUGGCGGUGGCAACAACAACAAUGCCGGAGGCAACAAUGUCUCACAUAGCCAGAAUCUGAAUGUGUUGCGCACCAUUGGCAAUACCCUGGUGGCCAAUAACCAACUAAACACCUAUGCCGGCAAUGCUUUUGGCUCCUCCAGUGGCAAUGUGGGAAAUGGGAAUGGAGGCAAUGCCGUUACCAUCUACACCACAUCCAACGAGGGCGGCGGCAGCGGCAGCGGAAACAUCACUGGCGGCGGCGGCGGUGGCCCACUUCAAGAGAUCAUAGUGAAUCCCACAUCGAUGGUCGGUUGGCGAUUGAGCGCCAAUGGAUCGUUGAUACCACCGCAUGAUCUGCUCACCGGCGGCCUUCCGAAUGCUUCGACCCAAAAACGCGGAUCGGAGCGUUUGUUUCAAUACCUUGAGGCCGAGGGCAGCGAUCCGGAGGACUAUGCGCGUCUGCUGAAAAUGGACGCCAUUAGUCGCAACACCGCUUCGGUCGCUCAGGAUUUUCAUAAGGCGGGAGGCGUGCACGAGUUGAAAAUACCAGCAAAUCAUCAACUCCUGUUUAAUAAUAAACUGCCUUCGCAAUGGACGACACGAGAGGCUGCUGCACUAUUGUACAGCCUCAGCAACAUGGGCACCCACAGCGGCAGCAACAGUAACAGUAACAGCAGCAGCAGUAGUUCCCAGCGACAAAAGUUUGGCAUCCGUGCCCGGCAACAUUCCACUGGGGAGGAUGACGAGAACACACCAUCGUCGGCAUCCUCGUCGAGCUUCUCGGGCGAUGAGUAUAACAUGUUGUCCACAUCGCCAGUGAAGGUGUCGCGUCAUGUGAAGCUGGAGAAGCACGAGGUGGCGGAUGGGAAGGAGGAAAAGGUCCCAGUCCAAGUCCAGGCAAAGGCGAUGAUGGCAACGGCAUUUCUGGAAGCGGCUAGCUACGAGCAGACGGCCAUCGAGCUGCUCAGCAGCAAGCGCAAGAUCAAGAUCGAGAAUGAUGAGGAUCAGGAGAACCAGGAACAGUCACAGCCACAGCUACAGCAGCGAUUGCAGCUUAUUAAAUCGUCUCCCGCGUAUAAAUUGAAUUCCAAUAACAACAAUAGCAACACAAACCACAAGGACAAGUCGUCGCACAGAAAUGCCGUUCAUCAUAAUCACCGUCAGGAUGAUAAGGAGAACAACACCAAAUCUGCAGCAAUUGCUGCUGCCGCAGCGGCGGUCACAGCAGCUGCAGCAGCAGCCGCAGCAGGAGGAGGAGGAGGAGGAGCAGGAGCAAUCGCACCGAGCACCACGAAUCAAACACCAUUUCUCACCCAAAUGGAAUAUCAGAAUCUCAACCGCAUUGGCACACAGUUUCACAAUUAUGUUAAAGACAUCAUCAACAAAUACUACGCAGCCGAGACGCCUCUGAUGCUGGCCGCAACGGCAGCAGCCCUGCCCACGGCCACCACCACGGGCCAGCAGAGGCAGCUGGAUCUGGAGAACAUGUCGCCGAGCAAGCGUCGCCGGUUGCUCAGCGAAACGGAGGAGUACAUUGAGUAUCUGCGCAACAAAGAGGACAUCACCCUGACCAUCACACCCAGGGCGCCCACAGUGAAGUCCUCGCCACCACAACCGCCAGCUGCGUCGCUGCUAAAGCGUCAGCUGGAUCUGGCGGUGCCCCGCAAGAGUCCCAAAAAGGCGGCUCCAGCCCACAGUCACAGUCAGACCCAUAGCCAGGCAGCUAUGUCCAAUGGCCACUCAGUGAAUGCUGCCCGCAAAUCCAUCAGUCAACUGGCCACCCUGCUGCCCCUGCUGGCCGAUGCAGCCAGCAAGCAGGAGUAUCUGGCGGCACCGCUGGACUUUAGCAAGAAGUCGGAUGGCGAGAACGGACGCAGCUCCCGCAAGCAGGCGCAGCCCAAGAAGAUUCGCCUCACCCCGGAGGCGGUGGUGGGCCUGCUGCGCGACAAGUAUCUGAAUCGCAUGGUCCGCCAAAAAUUGGGCUGCCUGAAAUGCAAUCAGGUGCGACGCAACAGCACCAUUAGCUUCAACUACCACACGAUUGGGUCUCUGGCUCUGCACCGCUACUGGCGACAUGGUCAGACACGAGCGUCCAGGCAGAGAGUGCAGGCAGAGUGCUGCUCAGGCGUGGCAGGCACAGUGCAGCUGCAGCCGAACAAAUGACAGAGGACUCUCCGCAAGCUCUUUUGGGUUAAUUGUCGUGUACAUUUUGGUUCUCUUAUUAAUUAGCAAAUGUUUGCUUGCCAUAUGGAAUGCAUUAGGCAUUAACGUUGAAAUUGUUUUAACAAAUUGCAUUUAAUUUUGUAAAUUUUAAGUUGUGAUGUACCUGAAAUAUGAUUUCUCUUAAAACAAACAAAAAAUUACUUAACAAAACACACACGAUUCAUGGAACGAAAUGGGCUCAAAAAGGCUCAAAAACGCAGCCGCCAUCUCAAGUGAAUUUCAUUAUAAUUAUUAUCCAUUUUAUCCAUUAUCUUAGUUGUAUAAUUGAGCUCUCCAUCGUAUUACAGAAGCACACACACACAUACUCACAAGAAGACAGAUAUUUAAAGAUUAAGUAAUAUUUGAGCAUUUAUCAAAUGUUUCAACCUAGUAGUAUGAUUUUACAGUUAUGCUAUGGAUACACUGUAUGAUUUAUUGAAAUGUGAAGUAAAAGCUUUAAUUUGCCAUUUACAAAGCUUCAGUUAAGUUACGCGAAAUGAUUUGCCAUUUAUUUACAAUUUACAAUACCCUAGAUUUUACUUUUGCUAGUUGCCUUAGUUUAUUGUAUAAUUUAUGAACAGACCUCAUCGUCGUACCCUUUGCCUUAUUUCUUAAACGUAAGACUUAAACGUGAAAAUACAUUUAGUUUUAUUUAGUUUAGCCAUCGUUUAGAGUAGCAGUCACGCCCACAAAAUGCCCACACAUCAAACAUUCUCAUAAGGAACAUUUUAAGCAUAUUGAAAAAAACAAAAACAAAAUCCAAACAAAACGUAUAUAAAUAUUAACGAACAAAGCAAACCAUAUUAUUGUACGUGUAGUUGUACUUAUGAUUUUAUCAAAGAAAAAGAAACUAAAGGAAACACAAGAACAAGCAACCAUUCAACAAAUACUCAAAAAACAUGAAUAUAAUAUACAUACAUUCACCUUUUUACCACACUGAAAAAAACAAGAAAUAUUUGACUGAAAAGUGUCGGGGGGGAUGAUAUAUAGUAUUAUACAUACAGUAUAUCAUAUGAAUGGAAAGCAUUAUCGAAUAAAUGGUAAUAAAUAUAAACAAUUUUAGUGUACAAUGUGUGUUUUUGCUAAAUGUGGUAAACUUAAACGUAAAUCUAUUACACGAAAACUAAACUAAACUAAAAACAAAAAUAACAAAGCAUAUAAAAUGAGGAGAAAUUCUUAAGUAAAGUAAAUUUUUGGAUGACAAGCCAUUUAGACAAAAUUUUUGAGACGAAAAAAGACAUAUGGGGAAUGAAACAAAAAACAAAACAAAACUAAAGCAAGACCCAACAAAUUACUUUAAAUUUUAUUUAAGCAAAAAUUUGCAACAAAAAAA